GCCACUGUGAAGAUAUCUUAGAGCUGCCGACAUUGAUAACAUUUCGUUUGAAGACAACUUUGGAUUUCCAGUCCAAGCAUUCAAUGCACUUUCAUCCAGUGGGCACAACACAUUAAAACAAUGUUCAUAAAGAGCGUUGCCGUACUUUUCCGCAGAACUAUCAUGUUGGACAGCAAACUCAACAACAUCCGUUUCGAGACAAUAUCUAGCAAAUACUAUGACGACGUGAUCGAACAUCUGCGGCAGACAUUCUUUGCCGAUGAACCGCUGAACAAAGCGGUACACCUUACCCGUCCGGGACAGGGCCAUCCGCUCCUAGAACAGCAUAGCCUGUCCACCCUCAAGGACAACGUUAGCAUUAUGGCCAUUUCAAACGAUGGAGACAUCGCCGGUGUAGCAUUGAAUGGUAUACUCUACGGUAACAGCGAUAUCGAGCAUUCCAGGGACAAAUUGAACGAUAUUCAGGAUGAGAGUUUCAAGAAAAUAUUCAAACUGCUGUAUGAGCAAAAUUUGAAGAUCAACCUGUUUAAGCAAUUUGAUGUGGAAAAGAUCUUCGAGAUACGAAUACUCUCUGUUGAUUCCAAAUUCCGUGGUAAAGGAUUAGCUAAGAAACUCCUAGAAAAAAGUGAAGAACUGGCACUGGAUCGUGGAUUUCAGGUUUUAAAAACCGAUGCCACCGGAGCAUUCUCUCAGCGCGUCGUUAGCUCCCUGGGAUUUGUAACAAAAAGCGAAAUUAACUAUAUCGAUUAUUUGGAUGACAAUGGAGAACAGGUGUUUCUAGUAGAACCACCUCAUGAGAAGCUAAAAAUUAUGUGCAAAGUAAUCAACUAAACGUGCAAUAUGGGAACAUUUAUUCCUAAAUAAACAUAACACAUAUGUAUGUGGAGUGGCCGUACUAGUCAUUGACAAUAGAAAUAAAUACAUACCAAUAAGUAUAAUAUUUGGAAUGCGCAGUAUUGCACAUCUUUCGAAGAAUUAGAAUGUUGAGUAAGAAGAAAUAUACCAACCAAGAAGAUGAUAAAUUAGAAUGCUGUGUUAGAAGAAAUACGCAAACCAAAACAUUAAUGAAUGAUUUACUUGAAAGGAGGAGCGGCAUAAAAGACACUUUGACAACUAAAAAAACACAUUAUACAGAGAACUCUUGCUUCUACGAAAUUGAAGCAAUCAUCGUGUAAGUAAGGAUUUCGAGUUAAUGAGCUGAACAUUUUGAAUUAGUAUGAUGAAACCGAUCAGAGUAGUCAGGACUAACAUCAAGUAAGGAAGAGAUUACUGUAUUUAACUUCUAUGUGCAAUGCAAAAAUAUUGCAGUGUCGUUACUCUCAACGCAGUAUAAAAUCAAAAUUACCAAAGAAAAGCUGUGUCGAUUGUUGUUCAAAAUACUAACGGCUUACUUUGAUGUUGACCAACUUAUAAGUGUUCUAAUUUUAUACUAAAGUUUAUGAACUAAAAAACCUUUCCAAAAAUUGUUUUAAUAGUUAUAAUUAUUUCAUAAUGUCGAGCUUUAAGUGUUGAAACCGUUACCAAAACUUAUAUCAAAUGAAAAAUGGAACUGCUAAAACUGUCACAAGUACUAUAAUGAUAUACAAACUACUAUGAACCGACCAAUUUUGAGUGAUCAUAUUGAUUAUAUUAGUAACAUUGAAACAAUUAUGAACCCAGUCCACAAUGGCUCGAAAAUUAAAACCAACCUAAUAAAUAUAUUAUGUAUGAACCAAUUGUAGAACUCAGAGCAUAAAAUAAACGAUAGGGUUACCGAA